AUGGCAGAAGAGGCAGCGCAAGCAGCGCCAGCAGUGCCCAAGGUGACUGCACCAGCACUGGCUUCCAGGUUGGCGAGUUCCGGCUUGAGCUUGCCCAAGGCGCCGGGCAGUCCCAGCAAGCUGCAGCUCCCUGGCUCCAGUCCCGGUGCCUCGCCUUCGCCAUCCCGUGUGUCCACGAGCUCCUGGAAAGGGCUUCGUGGCUCUGUCCUCUUGGGAGCGGGCUUUGGACGGACGAGCUUUUUUGCCGAGAAGCAAGCACUGGUGCUGUGUUUCGGAGAAGCCUGGACCAAGGUGGGCUUAUCCGGCGAGAGCCGCCCCCGUGCCAUUUUCCGCAGCACGGAGCUCCAGAGGAAGCAGAGGCUAGGACCCGACGUGGACGCCACGCUGUCGCUGGAGGAGUGGGUCAAAGUCUUGAGUGACUUGCUGAACAGGAUCUUCUUUCAGCACCUUCACCUCAGCCCCAAAGACCGACGCAUCGUGGUCUGCGACGCGGUCUUUUCUUCCCGGCCCUUUAGGUCUGCUUUGGCGACAGUCCUCUUCAAGGUCUUCUCGGUGCACUCGCUGUGCUUCGUGUUGGAGAACGUGCUACCUCUGUACUUGACGGGCUUGCAUACGGGCCUGGUGAUCGACCUGGGCUACAGCUCCUCUCGCGUGUUGCCCACCUUCGCUGGGGUCCCCGUGCUCUCCGCCUUCAGCGACGCCUCCUGUGGCGCCAAGCACCUUCUUCAGGCACUGAAGGUCUCCUUGUCCACGAGCGAAGAGGCCGCCAAGGCCCUGGAGGACGAAACGCUCCUGGAAGAUUGCUUAGUUUGUGCCUGCUACGUGGCGUGUGACUUUCCAGAGGAUGGUGAAUAUCCGGCCAGAUCCCUGAAAACGGACAAAGAUGCCGAGGUGCGGAUCGCGGGCUCCGAGAAAGGCUUGCGGGUCCCGGCCGCCUGCCGGUGCGCUGCCACGGAACUCUUCUUUGAAGCUCCAGACACUCCGCCAGUGACGCCCCUUUGCGCUUGCGAGACGGUGCCAGAGGCCUUCGUCCGAGCCUUGCAGCGGAGCCCGGUGGAUCUGCGGGCGCCGCUCGUGCAGAACGUGGUGCUCUGCGGAGGCUGCGCCACGCUGCCGGGUUUGCUCCCGCGCUUGGCGCAGGAGCUGCAGAAGGCUUUGCGGCAAGAGCAGGCCUUAUCCGCUUUGGCCACGAAGCUGCGCUUUACGCCGGUGGACUUCGCGCCAGUCUGCGCCGCUUGGACGGGAGGCGCCAUCUUCGGGGCCUUGGAAGGCUUGCCGGACUAUAGUGCCGAGGACUUCAACAAGGGAGAACCUUUGCCCGAUUGGAUGCGCAGUGGCUUCGUUUAG